UACUGGGACCUCAUCAUGCUGCUGCUCAUGGUGGGCAACCUCAUCAUCCUGCCCGUGGGCAUCACCUUCUUCAAGGACGAGAACACGCCGCCCUGGAUCGUCUUCAACGUCCUCUCCGACACUUUCUUCCUGGCCGACCUGGUGCUCAACUUCCGCACCGGCAUCGUGGUGGAGGACAACACGGAAAUCAUCCUGGACCCGCACACCAUCAAGAUGAAGUACCUGAAGAGCUGGUUCCUGGUGGACUUCAUCUCCUCCAUCCCCGUGGACUACAUCUUCCUCAUCGUUGACCUGGAGACGCAGGUGGACUCGGACGUGUACAAGACGGCGCGGGCCCUGCGCAUCGUGCGCUUCACCAAGAUCCUCAGCCUGCUGCGCCUGCUGCGCCUCUCGCGCCUCAUCCGCUACAUCCACCAGUGGGAGGAGAUCUUCCACAUGACGUACGACCUGGCGAGCGCCGUGGUGCGCAUCUUCAACCUCAUCGGCAUGAUGCUGCUGCUGUGCCACUGGGACGGCUGCCUGCAGUUCCUGGUGCCCAUGCUGCAGGACUUCCCCGACGACUGCUGGGUCUCCAUCAACCGCAUGGUGAACGACUCGUGGGGCAAGCAGUACUCGCACGCGCUCUUCAAGGCCAUGAGCCACAUGCUGUGCAUCGGCUACGGGCAGCAGGCGCCCGAGGGCAUGACCGACGUGUGGCUCACCAUGCUCAGCAUGAUCGUGGGCGCCACCUGCUACGCCAUGUUCAUCGGCCACGCCACCGCGCUCAUCCAGUCGCUGGACUCGUCGCGGCGCCAGUACCAGGAGAAGUACAAGCAGGUGGAGCAGUACAUGUCCUUCCACAAGCUGCCCGGGGACACGCGCCAGCGCAUCCACGAGUACUACGAGCACCGCUACCAGGGCAAGAUGUUCGAUGAGGAGAACAUCCUGGGCGAGCUGAGCGAGCCGCUCAARGAGGAGAUCAUCAACUUCAACUGCCGCAACCUGGUGGCCAACAUGCCCCUGUUCGCCAAUGCAGACCCCAACUUCGUGACGGCCAUGCUGACCAAGCUGCGCUUCGAGGUCUUCCAGCCCGGAGACUUCAUCAUCCGCGAGGGCACCGUGGGCAAGAAGAUGUACUUCAUCCAGCACGGCGUCGUCAGCAUCCUCACCAAGGGCAACAAGGAGACCAAGCUGUCCGAUGGCUCCUACUUCGGGGAGAUCUGCCUGCUGACGCGGGGCCGGCGCACGGCCAGCGUGCGGGCGGACACCUACUGCCGCCUCUACUCGCUCUCGGUGGACCACUUCAACGAGGUGCUCGAGGAGUACCCCAUGAUGCGCCGCGCCUUCGAGACCGUCGCCAUGGACCGCCUGGACCGCAUAGGGAAGAAGAACUCCAUCCUKCUGCGCAAGCGAGCCGAGCACAGCACGGGCUCCAUCAACACCGAGAUGAUCCAGCAGAUCGUGAAGCACGACCAGGACGUGGCCCACAGCAUCCAGGACCUGCAGCACGUGGCCGUGGGCCGGGAGCUGAGCGGCAAGCCGGUCAUCUGGGAGCCGCUGGUGCACGCGCCGCUGCAGACGGCYGCCGCCACCACCAACGUGGCCAUCGCCCUGACGCACCAGCACAGCCUGCAGGCCCACAUCUUCCUGCCGCCCUCGUCCAUGUCCAGCCCGCUGUCGCCCGAGGCGGCGCUGCUGCCGCGGCCCACGCGCCGCUCCCAGCCCAGCCUGGCCGGCUCGUCCCGGCCCCCGUCCGUGGGCUCCGCGUCGGGGCCGCAGUCCCACCUGCAGACGCCGGCGGCCGCGUCGCCGUCCUCCCCGCUGCUGCCCUCGGAGAGCGCGCGUCCCCGAGCGCCGUUAGAGUAG